CCAGCCGCUUGCGGAGGGGAAAGGAACAUGGUGGCUGUUUCCUCUCGUCUAAUGAACCGCGACGAUUCGGGUUGCACUUGAGGGGGUCGGGGUGGAGUGGCCACCGGCUUCGCCAGCCGGACUCCAGGGUCUCCGCGCUUGCUCAGAGAAAGUGGAAGCCCACCUUUGGUGAAGCCGCAGCUAUUGGCUUCCUCUGUGCCCAGCAGAUGAAGGAUUAGUUACUUGAAAGAACUCCUUGAAUUCUGGCACAAAGGAUAAAGUGAGCAGGAAUCUGAGGCACAACUAUGAUAGAAGAUAAGGGCCCAAGAGUUGUAGACUACUUUGUAGUGGCAGGACUCACUGAUACUUCAGCUCUUCUGGAUCAAGAAGUCAAUCGCUCUGAAACAAAGUCAGGUGGUCCAAAGGCACCAAUCACAGACCUUGCUGUCAUAAUCAAGUCAGUGGGUGAAACUGUUCCUGAGGGAUACACCUGUGUCGAAACAACACCUACAGCACUUCAAGCCAAUUUGAACUAUGGGAGUCUUAAAAGUCCAGAAAUUUUUCUUUGCUACAAGAGGAGCAGGGACAAGCCACCUCUUACUGACAUUGGAGUUUUAUACGAAGGGAAGGAACGUUUAAUGCCAGGCUGUGAGGUGAUCCAGGCGACUCCCUAUGGUCGCUGUGCUAAUGUUAAUAACAGCUCAGUCACUUCCCAGCGCAUCUUUAUCACUUAUCGGAGGGCUCUUCCAGUGCGACCCCAAAACUCCUUGGCUGUUACUGACAUCUGUGUUAUUGUGACCAACAAAGGCGAAACCCCUCCUCAUACUUUCUGCAAAGUUGAUAAGAAUCUAAAUUGUGGCAUGUGGGGUUCCAGUGUAUACCUGUGCUAUAAGAAAUCUGUUCCAGCUUCUAACUCACUGGCAUAUAAAGCUGGCUUGAUAUUCAGAUAUCCAGAAGAAGAUUAUGAGUCUUUCCCUUUGUCAGAUUCUGUACCUCUAUUUUGUCUUCCAAUGGGAGCUACCAUUGAAUGCUGGGAUCCUCAAACCAAAUAUCCAUUACCUGUAUUCUCAACAUUUGUUUUGACUGCUUCAUCUGCAGAAAAGGUUUAUGGUGCUGCUAUCCAGUUUUAUGAACCUUACUCAAGAGAGCUGCUCACAGAAAAGCAGCACAUGCAGCUGGGCCUCCUGACAGCAGUAGAAAGAAAAGUGGUUACCUCCAAAUCCAUAAAUUGCAACAAGUGCAUCUGCCUUCUAUCACACUGGCCUUUCUUUGAUGCCUUCCGAAAAUUCCUAAUGUUCAUCUAUAAGUUGUCUGUUUCUGGGCCACACCCACUUCCAAUUGAAAAGCACAUAUCCCAUUUUAUGCAUAACAUACCUUUCCCUUCUCCUCAAAGACCAAGGAUCCUUGUACAGCUUUCUGCACAUGAUGCAUUAAUGCUGUCUCAACCAGUUGCUACCCCCUUGCCACUCAGUGGAGCAAACUUCAGCACCUUGCUAAUGAACCUUGGACCAGAAAACUCUGCUACUUUACUCCUCUUUGUGCUGUUGGAAGGCAAAAUUCUGCUCCACUCUCUCCGACCAGCAGUGCUGACUGGAGUAGCUGAAGCCGUGGCAGCUAUGAUAUUUCCAUUUCAGUGGCAGUGUCCCUACAUCCCCCUCUGUCCUUUGUCUCUGGCAACGGUGCUCAGUGCUCCUCUCCCAUUUAUAGUUGGAGUUGAUUCACGGUACUUUGAUCUGUAUGACCCACCACAGGAUGUUGUUUGUAUUGACUUAGACACAAACAUGGUGUACAUAUCAGAUGAUAAGAAGAACAUGAACUGGAAGCAGCUUCCUAAGAAGCCAUGCAAAAACCUUCUCAGCACCUUAAAGAAACUGUACCCACAGUUGGCAUUAGUUCACAGAAAAGCCCAAGAAGGCUCUGCAGUUGAGAUGACACCUAUAGAGGCAGACUUCUCUUGGCAGAAGAAGAUGACACAAUUUGAAAUGGAGAUUCAAGAAGCCUUUCUACGUUUCAUGGCAUCUAUUUUAAAGGGGUACAGAACAUUUCUUAAACCAAUCACACAGGCACCUUCAAAUAAAGCCACUGCUGCAGAUUCCUUGUUUGAUCUUCAGGGAUUUUUAAAAAGUAGAGACCGGGCCUACACAAAAUUCUACACGGUUUUAACAAAGACACAGAUAUUCAGCCGCUUCAUUGAAGAAUGCAGUUUUGUGAGUGACAAAGAUACUGGCUUGGCAUUUUUUGAUGACUGUAUAGAAAAGCUUUUUCCUGAGAAAGGGUCAGAAAAGGGAGAAAAGGGCGAAGUGGACUCUGCAGAGGAUACCCGGUUGAUUGAACUUGAUGAAUCACAGAAGAGUGAGCACACAGUGUUUAUCAUGCCACCCGAGCCUCCUCCUGAUGAUGGGCUGGAGAGAUUACCAAAAUACAGCUAUAAAACGUUCCCUAGGCUAGAUUUAAAACUAUUUGACAGACCACAGGAGCUCAGGCUUUCAUUCAAGAGACAUCCAGCUGGUGGCAAUGUUUCCAAUAGUCCAGCACUCAUGGCGAAGAGGACAAAACAGGAGAUAAAAGCAGCUCAUAAGCAAGCUAAGAGAUACUACACAAAUCCUCCACAGUGGGCCAAGUGUCUCUUCAGUCAUUGUUACAGCUUAUGGUUCAUUUGUCUCCCAGCUUAUGUUAGAGCAUCCAAUUGCAAGGUCACAGCUUUACAGCAAACAUAUGAAGUACUCAUCAAAAUGAAGAAAAUGGAUGUAGAACCUUUAGAUGAAGUUUGCUAUAGAGUUGUAAUGCUGCUCUGUGGACUUUGGGGCCAUCCUGUUCUGGCUGUGAGGGUCCUCUUUGAAAUGAAAAGUGCUGGCAUACAACCAAAUGCAAUCACGUAUGGUUACUACAACAAGGCAGUUUUGGAGAGCCCAUGGCCUAGCAGUAAUCGCAGUGGUGUAUUUCUUUGGACGAAGUUGCGGAAUGUGGUAUACAGCAUGGCACAAUUUAAGCAAUGUCUCAAAAAGUCUACACGCAAUCCACAGGUUACUUCAGUACCAGCUCCUUGGAUGGUCAGUGGUGGAAGUGAUGGGGACACGGUGAGCCAUGGUAGUGUGGAUAGUUCUAAUGAUGCUAACAGUGAGGAGCACACACUCUUCGUCAGAGACUUAGUCAGGCUUGAUUCCAUUGGUAAUCACUCUAGCACAGGUGGUCAGUCAGAUCAAGGCUAUGGUUCCAAAGAUGAACUUAUAAAGGAUGAUGGAGAUAGCAGUCAUACAACCGAUUUGCUUACAGAGAAAAAGUUUGUUACUAAAGAUGAAGAUUUAAUUGUAGAAUUUUGUGGGGCUGCUGAGUCUUUCGGAAAACAGUGUCCUAAUGCAGAACCUGUCAAUCCAGUCAAAGUGCCUCUGCACCCUUCAAGCAGUAUUGUUAAGAUUCCUUCUGGUAUUUUUGAUACCACUGGAACGAAGAGCAGCAGUGGAACUGCAUCCAGCCCACAGUUCAUAACUCAGGAUCCACCUGAAGAUUCUGUGUUUGAUUACAAUACCUCUCCCAGGAGAACAAGUGAAAAAGGGAAGAAAAGGCAGAAGCUUUUUCCAGAAAGGAGCUGCAGCUUUAGCACAGAAAGCAGGGCAGGCAUGUUGCUGAAGAAAAGCAGCUUGGACUCCAAUUCCAGUGAAGUAGCAAUCAUGAUGGGGGCAGAUGCAAAGAUCCUCACAGCAGCUCUGUCUGUGCCCAAAACAUCGCCGCCCAAUACACAUACAUCUCAAAGCUUUGACAGUGCAGAUGUUGGAUUAUUUUUCUGUGGUACAGAUGCUGCUAGGACUCAUGUGGCUGAUCGUGUUGGGGAGGCACAUUAUUGGUCAUCACCUGUUCUGGAGGAACUCGAGGAAGGUCAAGAGCAGCCCAAAAAUGGACAUGACAAUAGUGCAGUCAAAGCAAUGUGUGUUAACUCAGAACCUCUUGAUAUCACUGAGUCCAUGGUUAAGCAAAUAGAAUCCAAAGAGAUGGUGGGUAAGAGAAGUAGCUUCUAUGGAGUGCCCAAGCCUGUUGAGAGGGAAGAUGUUCAAGUAGGCUUAGACCCUCUGUCUUUGCUUGCAACUGAGGCUGUAGAGCCAAAAGUCUCUGAACAGGAGGAGAAGCUGAUGUCACCAGUUGUAGCACGCAACCUGGCAGAUGAAAUUGAAAGUUACAUGAAUCUGAAAAGUCCCCUGGGCAGCAAAUCUUCCAGCAUGGAAUUGCACAGGAGUGGGAGCAACCAAGAGGCAGCCUGCCCUAGUUCAGAAGCCUCUUCUUUAGAGAGAAGAUCAAGCUUGCCUUCAGAUUCUGCUCCACCAUCCCAUGUUCAGCAUACCAGUCGGAAAAGCCCAGCUGUUUCCAGGUCCAAAACCUUUACUGGAAGACCAAAGCAACUAGCUCUUUCACGUUCCCAAAAAGACCGUUCUAUAUCUUUAACAGGCCUGGGUCGUUCUUCACCACAGGCUUCAUUGGGUGCAGUAGUUACAACCCUGUCAGGUCUGAAGCUAGACCAUAUAUUGUCUGGUCCUAAGAUUGAUGUCCUCAAGUCUGGCAUGAAACAAGCAGCUAAUGUAGCCAGCAAGGUGUGGGGAGCUGUGUCCUCAGCAUAUAGCUAUUCAGAUGAUGAGGAAGAAAGUACUCAUCCUGAUUUCACCUUCCCUGCUGGGUUUGAGGACCACAUCUCAGGUGUUUCUCAGUCACAAAAAGUAGGAAUUGCAGGGCUUGCAGCCAGUGAGCUUGCACAGAGUACCACCAGUCUUGGAAGUAGCAGCAGCAGUGGAGACACAGGGAAGCUGCACAGUCAGACAGGAGAAGUUCAGUUCCCAAGAAAUAUGAAAACUCCAGAUUCUGAUAAAUCUGAACAUGGCUCUUCCCACAAUACCAGUUUGUCCAGCAUCUUUCAAAACUGUGCAAUGGAGGUUUUAAUGUCAAGUUGUUCUCAGUGUCGAGCAUGUGGAGCACUGGUUUAUGAUGAAGAAAUCAUGGCAGGAUGGACUGCCGAUGACUCCAAUUUGAAUACUACAUGUCCAUUUUGCAAAAGCACUUUCUUACCUCUUCUUAAUGUGGAGUUUAAAGACUUGCGCGGCCUUGCAAGCAUACUUUUGAAACCAAGUACCUCUGGUGAUAGUUUACACAGCAAUAACAUUCCAUUAACCAUUGAUUCACUGGAGCAGAAGACUGUUUCUACUACUGCCACUGAUUUGAUCAGUUUUUCAGAAACCUCAAGUACCAAUAAGACCAUUGCUGAAGAGAACAGCACUACGACACUGCAAAGUAUUCUUAUAGCAGAAGAAGAUCAAGACCUCAAAGAGAAAAGGCCAUCUGUUACAAGUAACACGACCAAACAAGGAACAUCUCUGACUCGGAGCCACAGCGUUGGUGGCCCACUGCAAAACAUUGACCUUCUACAGAGGCUUUCUCAUGGCGUUUCAACAGUUAGCCUUCCUAACUGUUUACAGGAGGCUGUGGAUCCUUUGUCCAAAAUGGCAAAUCCUUUGCCUGUAUCUGUGCCCUAUUUGAGCCCAUUGGUACUCCGGAAAGAGCUAGAAUCUUUGUUGGAAAACGAGGGAGAACAAGUGAUCCACACCUCAACAUUCAUCAAUCAGCAUCCCAUUAUUUUCUGGAAUCUAGUAUGGUAUUUCCGACGCCUAGACCUGCCUAGUAAUUUGCCAGGGCUCAUUUUAACCUCAGAACACUGUAAUAAAGGUGUGCAGCUUCCUCCAUAUUUUAGCUUAUCUCAAGACAGCAAGCUAGUGUAUAUCCAACUUCUGUGGGACAACAUUAAUCUUCACCAAGAGCCUGGAGAGCCCCUGUACAUAUCCUGGAGAAAUCUCAACUCUACAGACAAAAUACCCUCAGUGAAUUCAGAAGAGCAACAAGCAAUAAGCGCUUUAAUUGAGAGUAUCAAACUGAGUAUUCAGCACAAUGAUGUCAUUAAACCUAUCAAUCUCCUUCUGGAGAAAGCUAAACAGGAUGGGAAACGGCAAAGGAGUUUUUACAGAGAAAUCCUCUUCCUGUCUCUAGUGUCCCUUGGGAGAGAGAAUAUUGAUAUUGAGGCCUUUGACAAUGAGUACAGAACUGCAUAUAAAAGCCUUCCAACAGAAGUGCUUGGAAAAAUGCAGAAGAUAGAUGCUCCACCCAGCAGCAGUGUUGAAUGGUGCAGGAAAUGCUUUGGACCCCCUGUCAUAUGAAUUCUCCAGAGAGAUGAAGAGCUCAAAAACAUCAGAGACUAGCAAAACUGGGAAUGUCUUGAUUUGGAUCUAGGCUCUAACACUUGAGUUAUGGUUGUUGUGCCCAAUCCAUUUCAAUAGCAAAUGUAGCACUCUUCUGCAACCACUUAAGAUACUCCUACUACUAGCCCAUAAAUUAGCACACAUUUGCUAGUACAAAGAACCUUGGGUUUUUGAACUGUUAACUUCAAUUAUAUUCUGUCGAAUUAACCUUUUCUUUGCCUUAUAUCAAGAAGAGAAGAAUGACAGUGGAGACUAACGUGUAUCUGGUGUCUUCCUUUUAAAGACUUGAAAUGUUGGGGUAUUUCGUGCCUUCUAGCCUAGGAGCACAUUAUAAUAUUAAUUUUUGAGUGUAUGGAACAGCCCCUGUUUUAAAGAGGGAACUGUUCGCUGCAUGUAGGUAUACAUAUAUAUUGUACAUUUGAACUGGGAGUCACUAUUUCCCCCCUUUGGUCAAAAAAACAAACUGUAGCUUUAGUUAAUACCCAUGAAAGGAAUUGCCACCCCAAUCCAUAGCAAAAAAUACUAUCUUAAAUCUUUAAUUUUAAAGCUAUAUAUACAAUGUUCUCUUCUCCCAGACAAUGAUGGGUUUUUGCCCUGAGUGAUUCUAAGGCCUUUCUGGAAAAAUAAAGGAACUUAGGGUACAUUAAAGGAUAUGAUAUAUUGUCCAUAUACAUUUUUAACAUUAUUUUAAAAGAAAGUCUAUAAAUAUAUAUGUAUGUAUAGGGGCAAAACUUGAAACUUCAGGUACAUUAGUGCCUCAUGCCUGCUCAUCUUUCUAACUUAUGGGUCUCUCUCUC